GGGUUACAUUGAAAGGGAACCGAAAGGAAGGGGAGCGCUCGAUAGAUCGGUAGAGCGAGCCACAGCAACGAGCAGAAGAGGAGCAAAUUUGACAUUAUUAGGUUUCCAGAUUACAGGAAUCGAACAAAGCUCGAGUCUUCUCUUCCUUUUUCUUUCGUUUUCCCUUUUCAAGCAUCUCCGGGAAUCCUUUUUCUUCUUUGCCCCGGAAAAAAAAUCGAUUUUGUUCACCCCCCUCGCCGAACCCGUGCGCCUCCUAUUUCUUGGCGUCCGCCGCCCCCAGUCUCCGGCUACCGGAUCGAGACGGCCGAGGGUUUCGGUGCUGGGAUCGAGAUAUUGGUUUGUGGAGCGUUCUGGAGUGUUCUGGGGACCGCAUCUCCCCCUCUCCGGAUCUUUCGGGCAACUCGGCCGGUGGCUCUGCUUGUUGGGACUCGCUCCCUACUGAGAAAAAGAGGCGUCUUUUCAUCACCGAUCCUGGCUUUUGAGUCCUAGGAUUGAUCACGGUCGAGGACUCGGAAGGGGGAUGCACCUGGGAAUUCUUCCGGAAGUUGCCUCCAAGGUCGUGUGUAGCCGCUUGAGGUGAUUGGUUCUUCUUGAGAUAGGCAGUGCUGGAGAUAGAGUUCUUGGUUCUUUCUGUUGAUCACGAUUCGCUGGUCACUUAGCAUUCUCGAGGUGCCAUAAAAAUGUGAUUUUGCACAUAAUAAGAGGAGAAAAGGACUUAGGUUACAAGUUUAUUUGGAUACUCUAGGUUGGCUAUUUGCUCGGUUAGAACAUCUUUUUCCAGAGUUCCAUUGCCGUGCGCUGAGUAGAGUUAUAUGGUUGUUUCAGCGUGUGGACAUGGUUUAUGGGCAGGAGCAUGGCUGGUGGCCCGAUCACUGCAACAGCUGAACUGCAAAUUAGGUCUUUCUUGCCAACAAAGGGUCACUGAGCAAUGUCUCGCUGCUUCCCUUUUCCACCACCGGGAUAUGAAAAGAAGGUGAAGAAUGAGGCAAGGAGCGGCCAUGUAGAUUCACCGGCAAAGGAGAAUCACAAAGAGAAGCAUAAAAAGGAGAAGAGGCACAAAGAUAAAAAAGAAGGUGAAAAAAGGAAGGACAAAGACCAAAGUAAAGAUAGGCACAGAGAGAAGAAGGAUAGAAAAGAAAAGCACAAGGACAAGAAAAAGGAGAAGAAUAAGGACAAUGGUGGAAACAGGAUAUCUGAAGAUGGGAAUGAGAAACAGACUCAGUUUGACAACAAAGACAGGCUUGAGGUCAGCUGGAAAACUGAAGAAGUUAAACCUUGUAAAUUUGCUGACGAGUUGGACUAUUGGAUCAAAAAUGAAGAAAAGGUCGCAACAACGAGAAUGCUUGGUGAUUUUGGUAGUUCGAUCCAAAGAAGCUCUGAUGUCUCAGGUGCUGAAUCUGCAAUGGUUAUGGAAAGAGUUGCAAGCAAUAAAAACAUUGCUGGUUCCAUGGAUUCUUCUUCCAGGAGAAUUAAUGGGAUGGAAAGGCAAACAGACAACUUCACCAGUUCAAUUCGAAGUCAUUCUGAGAUCUUUGGAUUUGCAAAUGCAGUGCAAAAGGAAAAAAAUUUAAAGAACAAGUUGAUCUCAAAUGUCAGUCAUCUUGGGCAAAGAGGAAAUGAUGGUAGGUUACAAGCAGUAGAUAACUCUAGGGUUCCCAUCCAACAAAGAUCUGAUGGUCCACACACUUCAACUGCAGUGGAAAAGGAGAACUGUAAACAUAACAAAGUUGUCGCAAUUCCCAGCAGCAAAGUGCAAAGAUUAUUUAAUGGAAUGAACCGAUCAAAAGAAAACCUCUCCCUUCUGGCACAUGGAAAGAUAGAUGGCAUUUGCCUUGUGAAGACAAUAGAGAACAGGGGAGAGAUAAAGAAUGUUGUUACAAGCCACAUUUUCAUAGAGCAGAGAGAAGAGGAUGGGAUUGGCAGAUCAAUGAAGGAUGCAGACAAAAGGAUCAAGGGGAAUGAGAAGAACAAGGACAGGGAAGCUUAUGGUGGAAAAGAAAAGAGACACAAGGACAAAGAUCGGGAUAAGAAGAAGAAGAAAAAGAAGAAAAAGGACAAGAACAAACUUGAUGACAAAGAAAAAGAGCAGGCAAGAAAUGGAGAGAAAGGUGGGCAAACACAUAAAGAACGUGAUGAAAUAAAGAACAACAUAGGUAAAAAGGAUCAGAUAGAUAGUCCGAAUCUAGAGCCAGUGGCUUCUCAGAGGGACAACAAAAAGAGUGACAAUACUCGUGAAAAUAGGAAGAGAAAGGAACUUGAGAUGAAUGGUUUUUCACAUGAGAAUGAUUCACAGCCGAACAAGUUCCAAAGAACAACUCCUUCCCCCCACCUUGUAGAAAAUGGGAGAACAGUGGACUUAUCCGAUGUUGCUUGUUCCUUCAUAAAGCCCGAGGCCAUAAACAACAUCGAGGUAAGAAAGCUCCCUUUAGAUAUCAAGGAACACACUGUCAAUGGCACAAGAGUAGCUCAUUCAUCUCCAGAUGGCUCAAGGCAUCCUGCUGUUGUAGUCAAUGCAAAGGUCCAAGUUUCUGUGAAGGCUCCUCACCCAGAUUCCAAGUAUCUUAGUGAAAUAUACUCUGUUCCCAAAAUAUAUGAUGUACCCGAGUAUGAUGAUCAAGAGUGGCUAUUGGGCAGCUGCCACUUCCAGUCAACCCAAAAGUCAAAGCUCUCGGCCGAUGAGACUCCCCAAGUGUGGGCCGAGGCAGUGAGACUCGGGUCAGAGGAUGUUCUUGCAUUGCCCUAUGUCAUUCCAUUCUGAUACUGUCUGAUUCAUACCGAAGACAUGGUAGCAGGAUCCAGAUACAUCACUCAUUCCUUCUUGCUGCCCUUCAUUGCAUCUGCCUUCCGCAGAUAAGAAUUCCAACUUGUUGGAGCAGUAUCACAGACACCAUUGAUCCAUGAGAUAGCUCCCAGCUUGCAGGAUCUGAGCAAAUCAACACAUGGUUAAGUUCCUAUCUAAAAUGAGCCUCUCUAUGCUGCAAUGUUUCAAGUCCACAAGAUCGGAAGGGAGAUCUUCCUACAUGUUACAUCUAUGGAUUGGAUUACAAUGACUGCCAUCACAACAGGUGUUGCUGCUGCCCCACCACACAGUUUUGAUUCAUGUAAAUCUAUUCAUAACAUGAAAUGUACAAUACAAGGACAAGAGAAGAACAUUAAAGAGGCUGCUGUGGGCUGACUUUCUUUUGACUCGGGGGAAAGGUUUGAUUGUUUAGCUACGACAGAAGCACCACUAAUUUGGGUUGCAUUUGUAUGGUUGCACAAGAUGAAAGAUAGGACAUAUCAUUUACUCUGCA